GGAUUAUCCUAUUGAAGUGCCUGUCGUAAAUGAUCCAACCACUGAUUGUACGAGAAGACAAGAACUGUUUUCUCAAGUUAAUCUGAAUACAGAUCAUCUGACAGUUAAGGAAGUUGAUCAAAUAACUGAUUUACUGUGUGAAUAUUCAGGUAUAUUUCAGUUGGAAGGAGACUCCCCAGGUUUUUAUACAGGUGUUAAGCACGAGAUACACACCGGUGACCAUGCCCCUAUUCGAUCCCGACCUUAUAGAACUUCUCCCCAUAUUCAAGCGGAGAUACGAAAACAGGUAAGCCAUAUGCUUGACAACAACAUCAUUAAUGAGUCCACAAGUAGUUGGAGUUUUCCUGUGUGUAUCGUGCCUAAGGCCGGUAAAAACGAGUAUCGAUUUGCAAUUGAUUUUCGUAAACUCAAUGAAAUUACUGCUAGAGACAAUUUUCCAUUGCCGAAUAUCAAUGAUACCUUGGACAGUUUGGGCUUGGCAAAACCUCAGUAUUUCACCACACUUGACCUUGCUUCUGGAUACUGGCAAAUUGGCCUGGCAGAAGAUGCCAAACCAAAAACAGCAUUUAUUGCUCAAGAUGGACUUUAUGAAUUUCAGCGAAUGCCUUUUGGUCUUCAUAAUGCUCCGUCCACCUUUCAGAGAGCAAUGCAAGAAAUUUUCAGAGGGCUGAACUGGAAAUUUGUUCUCGUUUAUUUGGAUGAUUUGAUUAUUUUCAGUCGAACAUUUGAUGAACAUUUGUCCCAUUUGAGACAAGUCUUUGAUCGUAUUAGAGCAGCUGGAUUGAAGCUCAAACCCAAGAAGUGUACGUUUGGUCAAGAACAAGUGAAAUACCUGGGGCAUAUAGUUAACAAAGAUGGUGUUGCCACAGACCCAGUUAAAGUUCAAAUUAUCAAGGACUAUCCAUGUCCUACUAAAGUGUCAGAAGUACGAUCUUUUCUGGGAUUAGUAGGCUAUUACCGAAAGUACAUAAAAGAUUACUGUAAAAUAGCGGAGCCACUAGUCAAUUUGACACGCAAAGAUACAUCUUUUGUUUGGAGUAAAACGUGUCAAGAUGCAUUUGAAGAACUGAAACAAAAGUUGCAAGAACCACCUGUUCUAGUCUAUCCACGAUUUGAUGGAACCGAGUUCAUUUUACAAACAGAUGCUAGUAAUGUUGGUUUAGGUUUCAUUUUAGCUCAACAGCAAGAUGGUGAAGAAAAGGUGAUUUCUUACGGUGGUAGGACAUUGAGCAAAGCUGAGAGGAAGUACAGCACUACUGAGUUAGAAGCAUUGGCAGUAGUUGAAGAUCUUUUGUACAGACAGUGGCAAGUCUAUGGGAAGAAGACUACUCCUGAACAAGUGGUCACUCAACUGUAUAUUCCGGUAUGUUUUGUUGACAUUGUAUUGAGUAACUGUCAUGAUCAUGUUUUAGCUGCACACUUUGGGCUACAGAAAACGUAUCAUAAAGUACGCCAACGCUACUUCUGGAAGAGCAUGUACCGUGACAUAGAUAACUGGGUACGCUCUUGUCGCUCGUGUUCACAAAGAAAGACACACAGACAUAAAGUUGUAGCCCCACUUGUUACCAUGAAAGUUCCUGACGCAUUCGAAAGAGUCAGUGUGGACGUAUUGGGCCCUUUGCCAAUUACAACUUUUGGUAAUCGUUAUGUACUUUGUUUUACCGAUCAUUGUACUAGGUGGCCCAUUCUAGUGCCAUUAGCUACUACUAAUGCAGCAACAAUAGCCAGAGCAUUGUUCGAUUAUGUGAUAUGUGAACAUGGUUGCCCAGUAACCUUAUUAAGUGACAGAGGUGCAAAUUUCCUGAGUAACAUUGUUCGUGAGGUUUGUCUCAUUAUGCAGACUCAAAAGCUCAAUACCUCUAGCUAUCACCCACAGUGUAAUGCUGUACAAGAACGUUUCAAUUCUGUAAUUCUGGACACUGUGUCGCAUUAUGUGAAUGAGUUUCAGACAAAUUGGGACCAGUAUAUCACAGCUAUACAGUUUGCCUACCGUUCAACUCCAGCAGAUAACUCUAUUGGGUUUAGUCCAUUCUUCCUACUGUAUGGAAGAGAGGCAAGAUUGCCGUUGGACGUGGCACUCAUUUCCAGACUUGAUUAUCAAGAUAAGACACUGAGAGAUCAUAUACAUAAUUUGGUUUCAAAGUUGGAAGUAUUUCGAGAUGUAUCAAAACGUCACACAGAAGAAAACCAAGCAAAAAUGAAAGAACGCUAUGAUGAAACCACUAAACAAGUAGAGUAUCAGGUUGGUGAUCUAGUAUGGAUUUACUUUCCAGUGUCUCAAAAAGGAUUGUCAAAGAAACUAAUGAAGCUGUGGGCCGGACCAUAUCUAAUUGUACAACGAACGGGUCCAGUAAAUUUUCGAGUAAGAAACCUUGAAAACCAUAAGUUGCUGUCGUCACCAAUACAUGUAAACCGUAUGAAAUUUGUCUAUGACCGAUACGUUCGCCCAAAUAACGACAUUUUCCCUGCAGAUCCCCAGCACAGAACUUCAGUAGACGACUUGGUACAGGAAGAUUGUCCUGAAGACUCAUUCGUGGCACUGAAAGCAAAACAGAAAACUAAGAAUCCAAUUCAGAUUGUCCCCGGGUGGCACAAAAUCUCGCCCCUGAAAAUGAUGUCGAGUUUGAAGUUGAACGUAUUCUCAGAGGCAGAUACAGAAAUAACAAGCUACAAUAUUUGGUAA